AUGUCUGUUUUCGCCGGGUAGCGACAGAAGGUUUUAAUAACUGUUGUUUCGGUGGAGCUGCGCAUCCUACGUCUGAGUUUUAAAUCUUCAUUACUGAGCUGGAGGGAAGACUGAAGUCCAGAAAAAAUAUCACAAAAAAUGUCAGAGAAUAUGGAGACGGGAGCAAGUGUGUCCAACGGAUCUGGGGCAGUUGGGGCAGGGUAUGAGAAAGAAGAAGGCAACCUCAGCCCCGAGGAUCUGUCUGAGAUGCUGGCUGCUGGAACCAAGGAGGUUCACGAAAAAGCAGAGAACACGCAGUUUGUGAAAGAUUUCCUACGGGGACGAAUCCGCAAAGAGCUUUUCAAGCUUGGCGCUGUUGCACUUUACCACACAUACACGGCCAUGGAGGAGGAGAUCGAGAGGAAUAAGGACCACUCCCAAUUUGCCCCCCUGUAUUUCCCCGCAGAGCUUCACCGCCAUGAAGCCCUGGCCCGCGACCUGGAGUAUUUCUACGGUCCGGAUUGGAAGAGCAAGAUCAGCUGCUCUCAGGCCACCCAGCAGUACGUGGACCGCAUCCACCAGGUGGGGCAGGAAGACCCGGUGCUGCUGGUGGCCCACGCCUACACUCGCUACAUGGGUGACCUGUCAGGGGGGCAGGUGCUGAGAAAAGUGGCACAGAGAGCUUUGAAGCUGCCACCCACAGGGGAAGGCCUGGAGUUCUACCAGUUUGAUGCGAUCCACAGCGCCAAGGCGUUCAAACAGCUGUACCGAAGCCGCAUGAAUGAGCUGGACCUGGACGUGGCGACAAAGAAGAAACUGGUGGAGGAAGCUGUUAAAGCUUUUCAUUUCAACAUGGAGGUGUUUGAGGAAUUAGAAGAAAUUGGCAAAACAAUUCAGGAGGAUGUUCAAGAUGCUGGCAUGUCUGUUCAUGGGGAGACRGGAGGAGACAUCAGCAAAUGUCCAUACUAUGCUGCCAAGAUGGCGGCGUCAGGGGGAACAGCGUAUUUUGGUCAGCUGGUCAUGGCCGCUCUCAGACACCCGACGGGACAGGUUCUGUUUGCCACUUGGUUCGCCGCCCUGGCUGGACUGGCUGCGUGGUAUCUGAUGUGAUCCGGCUGUUACCCGGCUGCUGUUAGAACAGAGGAGCGGCGAAAAGAAGGACAGCAAGGAGACUGGAAGACUUCCACUAACUGACCAUUUUAUAAAAACAUUCAAAUCAGGUCUGUGCGUUUUUAUGUUUUAGCUUUGUAGUGGUAGAAUUUCAGCAGUGUGAUCCGCAGGACAAUUAGGGCAACAACUCCCUCCACAAAGCACACAUUUUACUUUUUAUUUUCUUUUUUUUUAUUUCAUAAAAACGUAGAUGUUUUUCUUAUUUCUCUACCUCCAACACGCUAUCCUUCCAUUUGGUGCUUUUCAGUUCUGGUGCAUCUGAAGUUAUGUUAUGGCUCCUUUCUGACGGUAAUAGACCAGCCGGUAUAAAUUGUACUGUAAGUAUGAUAACAAAAUCCAAUACUGUAGCAAGAAAAAUAGUCAAUCCGGAUGACGCUCAUAAUUAGAUGUAUGCUUUAAAUCCUUCACAACAAUAUGAAACAAAGAAGUACUUUUGUACAACAAAUAUAGUCAAUUUGCAGUGCUACUUAAAAACAUCCAUAUACUUAAAGCUUUUUCGGUUUAUUUUUAGGUUGCAACAACAAAAAUAACAUUUAUUAAGAUUUUGUGAUAGACCAAUGCAUUUUUGUCCAGCUCAUCAAUAAACAAAGAGGUACCAUGACUAUAUAUAUAAAAACAAAAAUCUGCAUCAAAAGCUACAUUAUGUGAUAGAUUUUUUUGGUCUAUCACAAAAAAUCUUAACAAACUACCCGGAAGUUUACAGUCAUAGCAUGACAAAUUGUAGUAAGGUGCAUGGUUGCCUUUUAAAGCCACUCUAACAGCAGAAAUUGCUCAUAAUAUCUGGAUAUGUAGUGCUCAGGUUUAUUGUGGUGACGUAAAGCCAUUCAAAAUCCCUAGCCGCAGAACCAGUCCUAAACUCAAGAUCGUUUUUUCYCAAAGUACACAUGGUUGCUCCAUGUUGUUUUUCCUAAUCACCAAUUAACUUAAAAAGCAAACUCUUAAGUGGACUGUUUCUUCCAUUUCCAGAUGGGAAGAAUCCUGUAUCCCCUUCAAUAUUUCUGCUAAUACACUGAUGCUGUAUGUAUUUUUGUGUGCGGCGUGGGUGAGAAUAAACGGUUGAGGGCAUGUCUGUCUGUUAUUCUAUAACAUAAUUACUUUCGACAGGCCUAGAUUGAAGCGACACCCUCCUCCGCUCCCCCAAAAAGCUGUAACUGAUCACAUGAUGGUGCAUUAGCUAACGAGUUCAGAGUGAGCUCAGAAAAAUAAAAAGGUAAAUCGUAUCUGCCAUGUGCAGUAGGUGAGGCCUUGAUGAGGCAGGGUUUAAAUGGAUAUGCAUCCAUAUAUUUUAUGCUGUCUGUUUUUUCUCUAAAUAUAAUGUGAAAAUUGUCACAUUUUAUUGUAUUGUCGUCGCAUUCAAAUGUUUCCAAGACGGUUGCAUGUCUGCAAUGAGACGGAUUGUCGCAACCAAAGAAAACCUUCUUUAAAAGUGCAGGAUUAUUUGACCACAUUCAGAUUCUCAUAAUAGUGAAAUACAAAAAAUUACUCUAUAUUGUAGUGUAUGCUAACUUAAAUUAUUCUUUUGUUUCAGAAUCACGUGAUGGCUUAGCCAAUAAAAAGCAGUCUCUAUGUGCAUGCUCUUAAUUUUCUAAAUGAAAUGGUAUCGCUUACCUGCAGCAGGAGUUCUUAUUUGGACGCAGCAGAUUUACCUCGAGAUAAACGAGUGGGCGCUUGGGAUAAACUAAUAUGCGGAUCCUGUAUCAGCUCAGCUCUCGUUUCUUUAUCCAGUUUUGUGGAUACACAUUUAAUGCGUUACCUCUAUUGUACGUGCUGGAAGAAGAUUCCCAUUAAAAACUCUGCUUAGCUUCGUGUUGAGUAGAAAUAUUUUGCGCUGUAAUUACACUGAAAAUGUAGUAUCCACCCAGAUGGAGUGUUGAUAUUUUAGGAACCUUUUGGAGUGGUUUUUGUAUUGAUUACCCAAAGAAAUGUGCUGUUUCUCAAACGUCUGCCUGGUUCAUGUGCACAAUGCGUUUGCUCUCGCGGAGAAAGACUUGCAGUAUUUCCAAUGCCGACACAGCUGCCUGGUCGCAAACAUGCUGAAGGGAGCAAUUGAGUUUUAUUUUUGAAAGUCUCAGGUUCUGCACAAUGAAAGGCAUACGGUGGRGUAAAACGGGAACAGUUUGAAAUGCUCUUGUAAGCCCAUGUUUUAUUGCUUUCACAUGGUUCAAGCAUGAAGUGUGCGUCAGUAUUUCUAGGACCUACUGAAGGGACACAAUCUGCAGCCAUAAAUGAAAAUGUUUGACUAAUGCGUGCUAAUUUUUAAUUCUUUUACUCUGCUCCUAAUUCCUUUGUAUCCGACUGGAGCUUUGUGACUAGCUAGAGCACUUUUAUUGUACAAGUGAAAACCAAGAGUUAUAUUGUGUUGUCGAUAACAAAAUAAAUGGUUUUACUCUG